GCCCUUUGCUUUCUGUUCUAAAACCUAAAGAUCCUCUUAUUAAGCUAACAGAGGCAAUCACCAACAUGGUGGCAAAAUUGCAAGAAAAUUGUAAACCCAAUAAUGAGUAUGGUGAUGAAAUAUCUUUGGGUAAUUUUAACUCUGAUAAUGAAAAAGAUGAAGACCUCUUCUGUUCUACGAGUAACUUAUCAAACUUCAAAAACAACCCAUCAGACGCAAAAGAGAUAGAUAAUGAAUUCUAUUUCAAAGAUAUUGAGGACUCUUCCUACAAGUUGAAUAUAGAAAAAUUAGAGAACAAGAACAUAAUAAGAUUGAGGAGUUGUUGA